ACUCUCUGCACUGCAGAGCUACCAUAGAUAUAGAGAGAGAAACUAGUGAGAGAAACAUACCUACCUACCUACACACAUAUCUCUCUCUCUCUCUCUUCCUACACAUACAUUCACACACACGCUGCACAAGAUCCUCUUAAUUCAUCUGCAGCAUUUCUUUCUUUACACACUUCUUGAUAAUUCAUCUCCUUAAUCGUGAUUAAUGUUGCACUGUUGUUGAUUCAAUUUCAUCGAGAUCGGUUAUGGUGAAAACGAAGGUGAAAUAGUGCGUGUUAGGGUGUACUGUGUGUAUACAAAUGGAUGAUACUGGUGGUGGAUCAUUUGUGGCAGUUAGGAGGGUUUCUCAAGGGCUUGAUCGAAGCAACACUUGUCAAUCAACUUCAGCCGAGGUUGUAGCAGGAUCAGCAGCAUGGCUAGGCAGAGGCCUUUCAUGUGUUUGUGCUCAGAGCAGGGAAGACGAUUCUCGCCAGUCAUUUGAUUUGACCCCUGCCCAGGAGGAUUGCUUAUUAAAGCUGCAACACAGAUUAGACAUUGCUUAUGAUAGUUCACUUCCUGAACACCAGGAAUCACUGAGAGCAUUGUGGAAAGCUGCGUUUCCCGAAGAGGAGCUCCAUGGUCUAAUUACCGAGCAGUGGAAGGAAAUGGGCUGGCAAGGAAAAGACCCUUCCACUGAUUUUCGGGGUGGCGGGUUUAUAUCACUGGAGAACCUAUUAUAUUUUGCCAGAAAUUUCCCGGAAUCAUUUCAAGAUCUUCUUCGAAAGCAGGAAGGUGAUAGGUCCAUGUGGGAAUAUCCUUUUGCUGUAGCUGGUGUCAAUAUCACAUUCAUGCUUAUUCAGAUGCUGGACCUUGAAGCAGUAAAACCCCGGAAUUUGGUUGGAGCAACCUUCUUGAAGUUUCUUUCAGAAAACGAAUCAGCUUUUGAUCUUCUGUAUUGCAUCGCGUUCAAGUUAAUGGAUCAUCAGUGGCUUGCUAUGCGUGCAUCUUACAUGGAUUUCAAUGCCGUUAUGAAAUCAACCCGGCAUCAACUAGAAAGAGAACUUUUGGAAGAAAACGUAACACGGCUCGAAGACUUACCCUCCUAUGCACUCCUUACUAGGUGACAGUCAGUCUGAUUGCUUCAAGAUAUAUUAGUUGACAGGUACAAAGAUUCACACGUUCCAUGAUCAGACAUGGUGAACGAUAUUGCAUCGUCUCACUACCAACUGUCUGCCUGAGUCCCUAGAGGUAUUGAGUUUUCUGACAAAAGAUCUAUAUGAGCCAUCUACUUUAUGAUGUAAAACAAAUGAACCUGAAAGAAUUGUUUGUAUCGGCUUUUUCGCGUCUAAUGGGUUGGCUUUGUGCAAAAGUUCACAUGACAAUGCAAGUGUGCUUAAAUGA